UGAGGGAGGGUGGGAAAAUGUGAACUGAUGGACUGUCCGCACUAUUCAUUUUCAUUAUGCUGAGUCGCCUUCUCCCAAGAGCUUUGUCAAUUACCCAUUUAAAAAGUACUGAACCCUUAUUCGUGCAAUAAUUAACACUGGUGCAUAAUUGAAGCAUGAUAAUGAACAAACGCUGUGAUUGACGCAUAAUUGUAUAAGCAAGAUUAUUAGGUGGGUAUCGCGGGCCAUUUUUCAUCAUCAUUUGUGACCUUUCAAUUAGCCUUUGCAACACAAGCUGUUGAUACUUGUGAUCUGAGUAAACCUUUUGCGUUCUUCUAGGGCGUCAAAAAAACAGAAAACUACAAAAGAAGCUGCUCUUACUACAAGGUUAUAUUAAGACGUUGCAGCCACCUUCUUUUUUUUUUCCUGUAAACCUGACACUGAUCUUUGCUUUCAUGUGGUCAGUAUGUUCUCCCUCCUAUCAGAUUACUUGGCGAUGGUUCAAGAGGUGGUUGUAUUGAUUUCAGGUCAGCUUAAGUAAAUAAGUGAACAACCGCUGGUUCCAUAAGGACGCCAUUAUGGAGCUCUCGUGUUUCAAACGAGAAAGAAAACAGAUCCAUGAUAUACUGGUACAUUCUGUGACUUCACUAAGAUGAGCUUAGAUCUCCCAUCUUUAAAUACUGCAUUGCAGUUUAUUUAAUCCGUGGGGCUGUUUCCCAUAUGCAUUCUGCUAAUUUUAGCCGCCACAUCGGCGGACAAGGUCAGAGUGGGUGUGUGAGAAAUUGGGAAGAGAAGUGUGCAUGUGUGGAGUGUGUGUGUGUGUUGGAGGAAAGCAGAGAGAUGCAGCACAGCCAGCCUAGAUCCACAUAGCUCAAUGCGUCUUCCGUCCAGCCCUGCUGCGACUACCAAUUGACCCGCUAACACUGAACCACAGGGGUUUCUGACCACCAUGACAUUGGAGCUGGGAAAGGAAAGAUGGCAUUGAAAGUAAAAGCUCAUUUCAAGCUAUUGCAACAGAGAAUAAUGAACACUCUGGUUUAUGGCUCCAACUUGUGACAGCAUAUUUUACAGGGUUCUGCAGAGGCUGUAGCUAUUUUGUGUGUGUAUGUGUGUGUGCGCGUGGGUUUUAAGUUUCACCAGGGGUGGGCUAGGAUGAUGCAAUCAUUUGAGAAAGCGUAGAUAUGGUAUGUAUAAGGCUUUGUUUUUGGACACUUUAUUCAUACAUUUGUCCACUUUGAAAAUACAGUAUUAACAAUAUAAUAGUGAGCACAUUAUAAUUGCAGACUUCCCAUUCUUAGAGUGUAAUUUUAGCAAGAAUCCUCAUAUGAGAGGCUCCACUUAACUGUCACAUCCCUGAGCAUUAACAUUACACUCGGGUUGUAAAGACAAUUAAUGAGUUCUACUUAGUAAUGUGGUCGAGAACAUUUAAGGAAUAAAAGAGCUGAUUUCAUGUUAUGUUGCUGACACUGCCGGGCAGCGUCCUCCUUGGCUACGGGUAAUGGCUUCUGUAAUGGGCUAUUGCAUUAUCCUCGCAAGGUUUUAUGGAAAUGCGGAGCUCGGUUCAAAAUGAGCCUGUUGUCGCAAAUGUGUGUCUUCAAUCAUUUUAUACUGAGACAGCGAGGUUGUUAAUAUUCCUUCAGUUUUUCCAAAAUCGUGUUCACCACUGAGAAAAUAGGCUGGAGUCACAGUCGGCUUUAAAGGUACUGACGAUGUUUUGGAAGUUCUGCCAGUUAGAUUGGUGGUUUUGACAACUUUAACAACUAAUUGUAUUGAAUUUCUAUUAAUUAUUUACACCUGAAUGUCCACUUUUAAUACAAGUUUGUAUUUUGACGCCCUGUAAUAGUUGUUGACAUGUGCAUAGAAUACUAGUGCAGAAGUUGGAGCAUCACACUGGUGAGUUAAAAUGAUUAAGACUUCAUAUUCAGCUCAGGAACAUGAAGGUCUUCAUCUGAAUGCAUUGUGUAUACACGUAAACAUUGCUUACAACACAGUUAGAAAUCCAGUGUAAAAUGUUUUGGGGUGACAGUUAGUUAAUAAUGUGUUUGCAACACUGAAGGGCACUUCAUUUUAAUGCAAAAGCAUUUGCUGAAUAUGUAAAUCCACACACAUAUUUAGAAUCUCACCGUGGUAAAAUGGAAACGGCAUGAUAAUUCUCUGAUUUAUUCAGUGAAAGGUGAAUUCUUCUGUGUUUGUGGGGCUUUGGGCUGGAGCAACGUUGCUUUGUUUGCACGUGUAUGAUGAAAUGAUGUAAUGCAAUCUGAGGUUGUUUUCAGCGGCCUUCCAAAACAAAACAAUAUGCCCUUUCACUGCAGAAAUUUUGACUUAUUAUUAUAGAUAAAGGAAGAGUUGUGUUUCUAAUAAAAGUAUCGCUUAUGGCUCGGCCUAGUUCAGUUCAAGUGUUUGACAGUAAAGGCCUUAACACCAGGACCCUGAAACUGAAGCAGAUAAACAGAAUUCAGCCAUCAUGAAUUUUAUUAUUUACACAUGUUCUCUUCCUACUGUGACAUAACCUCAACCAUUUGUUACCCAGGACUAGAAGUCAUGAGUCAUAAUUGAUUUCAGAAUACAUUACAACAAAUUACUUCUGACUUAGUCAAUAGGUGUCUGUGAUAAAGAAACGAGGAAGAGUGUGUGUAAGAGCAAAGCACCUAAAAGUCAGCUGCAUAUAGACAAAUGCAUGUAUUGGCUUUUGGUAAUUUUUCAUGUAUUGACUUGAACAGGACCAAUAAUCGUAAUUGUGGUAAGCCUGCAAACUAGUUCAGGUACUGCUACACUCACUUAAUCUGCUCCCAGCAGCAUAUAUCCAAUACACCAUCCGUUUAAUCUGAAAACCACUGCUACUACUGUUCAUGUUUCAUAAGCCACUCACACACUUGAAAUGUCACUUUAUGACAAUAGUGUCUUCAGUUGUCUUCUUCACAAAGCUUCUCCAAAGCUCACUAAGAUGCCAGGAAUUGUUUCUUCACUUCACCCAGCAUUAACGUUGCUGAGUUUGCUAACAAGCCUUUUGCGCAUAGAUGUCUUGUCUGUCUUUAGUUGGUGUAUGUUCGCUUGGUGGUAUCAGUGAGACUGCUGGUGUAAUUUUUUUUACCCUUAUGCUGUGUAUAGUAUUAAUAGUGUAAAACCAAGGUUGAUGUCUUGAGAUAGUUUGUUGUGUAAGACAAGUCCAAAAUCUAUCACACAGUGUAAGACAAAGAAAAGCUGAAAAUCUUCACAAUUGAGAAGUUGGAACUCUUAUCUUUGCUUGGAAAAUGACUUUUGGCAAUUAAUCGAUUAUCAAAAUUUUCUGUCAAUCAGCUACUUGAUUGAUCAACUAAUUGUUUCAACUCUAGUACUGUUAUAUUCUGUACAAUCAUGCUGCUGAUUUACGUAAAGUGGUGAAAUAGAACUUCACAUACAAACUUAGAACCGUUGAGGCUCAGCUGGUUUUGCACUACUUCUGUUUGCCUGUUUUGGGUAGGUGGGGUUCAUGUUGGAGGGUUUAUGUGACAACUCAUUUUACUAUUUAAUCUUCAUGUUAUAGUUUAAUAUCCUUUCUGAGCACCUGUUUGAUGGAUCAACUGCACUCAGUACCAUUGUUGUUGAUGGUCUGAUGGUCGUCUUAUUAUCACUGCUUUAUAACAUUUCAUUUUGUUCUUGCAAGACCACAGGAUGUAUCCGUAUCCAGCUGGGAGGGAAAGUUUAUAGUCAUCACUCCAAUCACCUCCAUGUUUAUUAUUUUUAUUGUAUGCCCACAGGGACGAUUCUUAUCUCAUCCAGAUGUGGAAUACUAACUCUGUACAUAUUCUGUAUUCUCAUAAAUCCAUUCCACAUGAGCAGGCUGUCUAAAUUGAUUUCAGAAUACAUUACAACAAAUUGUUCCUGACACAAUCAAUAAGUGUCUGUAUUAGAGGAACAAUGGAGAUUUAAGCGUAUCCACGACAAGUGCAACUGUAUAUGAAAUCUCAUACACACAACCAAUAUAGCACCUAAAAGAUUACAUUCAGCAGCUAAUGUAUGUGGAUUGUAUUUCACUCAUUUUUCAUGGAUUGACCUGAGCAGGACAGAUAAUCAUAUCUGAGAAUGAUUAGAUGGGGAGAUUAAUCCACCCCAUCCCCAACCAACGUUCAUAUCUGUACUCCGUUUACAUGCUUGUGAUUUGUUUGCUCCAACAUGCUUGAGUGUAGACACAGGUUCAAUCACUCCAAAAAAAAAGUUAUUUGUUUGCUCGUGUAUAUUCACGUCAGUCAUGAAAAGAAUGUUAGAUCCAGAAUUUUAUUUAUUUUUUUAAGGCCUUUUUAGAUAUGUUGUAGAGAAUGGACUAUUCCUGGUCAACCACACUUUCUAAAGAAGCAGUAUAAUGGUUGUCUUCAAUUUAAUCAUUGGUUGAAUAAAUUCUUGCACAUUAUUAAUGUGAAAUUGGAUAUAUAGGUGUAUAUUUACUGGUACUCUCUUUUUGCCUUUCAUGUUUUGCUUUGUUCUCAGUAUUAACUUGGUCUUAAACCUGGUCUUGACUCGAAAGUCAACUCUACCUGGUCUUCGAGUCGACGAGUACUCGACAAGGUGGCCUUGAAUAUCAAUGAACCUGCAUCUGGAAUAUAAAUUAUUCAACAUAUCGGGGACAAAGCUCUCAAGACUUCUCCCUCAGGAUGUGGACGUAUCUCAGGAUGCGCUCACCUAACAAGUGUCACCACAGAACGCGUACCAUACCGUAACACUGAGAGACCAAUCUGCUCGGUUGUUUCAAUCAGGCGUGUGUCUUAGCCUGCUGGGAAAGGAUGGCUCUAUUCCCAGCUCUCCGUCCAGGGCCCCCCCUUUGUCUUCUCAGCUCAGGAAAGGGAAAGUGCUUUUGUGAAACCUGAGGAUCACUUGCAGACUGAGGAAGCAGCAGAGACCACGCGCAUCGUCUUUUACCCUGCAAGUAGAGAGGUUCCAGCCAUGUGUACACCAACCAAAAGGACCCAGUGGAGGGAGGACCUGCAGCACCUCCGUAAAGAACAUGGCUUCUCCAAGAAAGUCCUGCUCAACUGCUGUCUAGUGCGGCGCAUCAUUACCUGGGCCUCCCCAAAUCCCAAAGACAGCGUCGAAGAUGAGCUGGAACUAUCUGCAGUCCGCCAUCGCCCCGAGGGUUUGGAGCAGCUUGAAGCCCAGACACGUUUUUCCCGCAAGGAGCUACAGAUCCUUUACCGCGGCUUCAAGAAUGAAUGUCCCAGUGGAGUCGUCAACGAAGAAACUUUUAAAGACAUCUACUCACAGUUCUUCCCACAAGGAGAUGCUUCAACAUAUGCACAUUUUCUGUUCAACGCAUUUGACACAGAUCACAAUGGCUCUGUGAGUUUUGAGGAUUUUGUUAUGGGUCUCUCUAUCCUCCUGCGAGGCACCAUCCAGGAAAAACUCAACUGGGCUUUCAACCUUUAUGAUAUCAAUAAAGAUGGAUAUAUCACUAAAGAGGAAAUGCUAGACAUCAUGAAGGCCAUCUACGACAUGAUGGGAAAAUGCACAUACCCCGUCCUCAAAGAGGAGACACCUCGUCAGCAUGUAGAAGUAUUCUUUCAGAAAAUGGAUAAGAAUAAAGAUGGAGUGGUAACCAUAGACGAGUUUAUCGACUGCUGCCAAAAUGAUGAAAAUAUCAUGCGAUCAAUGCACCUCUUUGAAAAUGUUCUUUAACUUUUGCCUGACUGUGGAAGCUUUGGAGGAGAAUAUCAUCUUUAGCUUGGCCCAAUAACUGACUUGGACUCAUACUGUGUACUGUGUGCUAUGCAGACUUUUGACCGUAGAUAAAAUAUUGUUCAUCACCGUGGGCCACAACACUCUGGAAUUAGUCGCCACUUGAACAUUUUAUUCAAUACAUUGAGGAAAUUUAUUAAGUAAAAUAAAUAGAAAAGAGAGAAAAAAGUGUUUUUUGAAUCCGCAGACUUGGUUGAAUUCUCGAAACAUCUUAACAUCAAGGUUGAUUUUUCUCCAUCUGUCUGGAGCGUCUUUUCUAUUUGCUGAGUUCUGCAAACUGCAUGAACCUCCAACAUUAUCAACACAAAGGGAAUAAGAGAUUUCUGAUGAAAGGGUAUAGACAGGUUUCUUCUCUCUCUGUUGCAGCCUUGACUUGUUUUAUUUACUGCCAAGUGAAAUCACUGUGACUUUUUACAGCAUCAAAAAAAAAAACGAAAAAAAAAAAAACCGAACACAACUACACAGUAUCUAAGGCAACUGCGCAUUCAUCUGUUUUUACAUUCAAGAUACUAUUUAGUGCAAACCGGCUUUUGAUUCCAGAGUGUUCUGACCCCGACAUAGUUAACCAUUGUGGUCUGUCUUUCUGCUUUUUGAAGGAAGCAUUUAGAGAAAAAAAAACAUACAUUGUACCAUUUUAACUUGUAUAUACUAUAGAUAGAGCGAUAGAUACUAUAAGAAUUCUAUGAGAAACUUUUCAACUUUGUUCAUGUUUACUUGCCAAUUAGAAUGAAACAACACAAGGACUGUAUUGAUGUCAAAUCGGACCAUAAUAUCGAUGGUUUGUCUCAAGAAGCACACAGGUAGCUAUAUUUACCACGAGUAUAUCAUUAGACGACGAUAUCUUUAAGAUAAAUGCUGCUUUCAGUGUAUUUCAUUUAACCUUAUGUAUGUAUAUUCCUUGUAUACUAAACCAUUUAUCAGAAUGUUUUUAUUUUGUUUUUGAAGCACUGUUUAGGAGUUUACACUAAGAGCAGUGUUCGAGGUUAUUUAUAUGGUAUUAUGAUCAUUGUACAAAAAGAUUGUCGGUUGUACAGUAUUAAAUGAAAAUGCGCUUUCUGGUGAAUUUCAGGUCUAUAGAUUUGUUCAUAUAAAUCACUGUUUUUAAUAAGAAAGGGAGGUGGGGUUUGGUCGUUGAUAACAAACAUUGUAACUUUGUAUGAUACUCAGCCAAUAUGCUUCCUGCUGUUUUCCUCUUCGUCCUAGCGGGUCUUUAUCAGCCUGAAUGAUCCCUGCUGUCUGUGAUUAAAGCAUUGAUUGACCCCAAGUGUGAGCAAACUCAAGGCAUGCUGGGUAGAAGUCUCUCACUGAACUUCCUCUUGAUCGCUGAGAGAAGUGUUUGGAUGUCGUGUAAGUAAGUUACAGAGUGUUGCUUCACAUUUAUUUAACUGUUUUUUUUUUCUUUAUUUUCUACAAUGACUUGGAUAUUGGAUACAGCAAGUGUCCAUCAAACCAGCCGCACAUCUGACAUAUAUUUAAGAAAUGGUUGAUAUCAUUAAUGUUUUUCAUGUCUUUACACUGUAUGACUGUGUGCUGCAGUCACAAACACACCAAUCUCCUCAGUGAAGGCAUGUUGGUCGUCCAUUAUUUUAGUAAACUACAGGAAAAUUUCUCUAUGUUGUAUUUUUGGAGGCAAUGUGCGUAUUCUGCUCAAGAAAAGCAUCAAACCUGCCAUUCUUUUCACUGAUUUGUGUUUGUGUGCCUUACUGUUUGUAAAAUUGUAUGUUAGUGUUUGGUUGUUGGCUCGGUUUUUCCUAUCAUAUGUUCAUGAAAAAUACCUACAACAUUAGCCCCUUAAACAUAUCUGCAGUACAGUAUAUCUCAGCUGAUGUACUUUCUGAACAUAAUGUAACAUUUCUACAUUUCUUCUGUAAAUAAAAUCGCAAGCUUUAAGAUCAGUGAUUUCUGACAAAAGUAAGAAAAUAAAAUAUACAGCUCAAACUUC